AUGGCCGCAGAACAGCGGAAGCUGCUCGAGCAGCUUAUGGGCAACCCCCAGACGUCCCGCGCUGGCCAACUCUCCCUCACCGACCCCAAAGUAUGCCGCUCCUUCCUCGUCGGCACCUGCCCGCACGACCUCUUCACCAACACAAAGCAAGACCUAGGCCAGUGCCCGCGCGUGCACGCCGAGGCGCUCAAGACCGAAUGGGAGACGCUCCCCGAAGCGGAGCGGCAAAAGUACGGCUUCCAGCACGACUACGCGCGCGACCUACAAAAAUACAUCGACGACUGCAACCGGCGGAUCGACACGGCGCAGCGGCGUUUGGAAAAAACGCCCGACGAGAUCCGGCAGACGAACGUCUUACUAAAGGGGAUAUCCGAUCUGGCGUGCACGAUCAACUGCGGAUUACUGGAGGUGCAGAUCCUGGGCGAGAUGGGCGAGGUCAGCCGCGCCUACGACGAGUUCUUCAAGGUGCGCCAGGCCGGGCAGACCAAGGCGGAGCGCGAGCGCGAGCUCAAGGCCCUGAGCGAUACUAGUGGGCCGUCGGGGCACCAGAAGCUGCAGGUUUGCGAUGUGUGCGGGGCGUACUUGUCGAGGCUUGAUAAUGACCGCAGGUUGGCGGAUCACUUCUAUGGGAAGAUGCACCUGGGAUACGCGCAGAUGCGCAAGACGUACGAGACCCUGUCGAAGGAGCUGAGGGGACGAGGACGGCCGCCGAUGCAGGAUGAUGGUAUGGGUGGGCGCGACGACGGUUAUGGUGACGGGUGGAAGGGUGGUUCUAGAGGUCCUAGACGAGGUGGCUUUGGAGGGAGAGGUGGUGGACGGGGGUUCCGUGGUGGUUGGUGA